AUGGUUGCUCCUGCUUAUCAUCAAGAUUCAUACAUUGAUCAUGAAUUAUCAGUUAAUUUAGAUUCAACAUUUGCCUUUGAAGGUCCUGAAAAAUUAUUAGAGAUUUGGUUUUAUGAAGAAAAUGAAUGUUUAAAUAAUGAAGGUUUAAGAUCAAUUAAAUUAGAAGAUUGGAAGAAAAUUUUAGAUUUGGUUAAUUGUAAAGUUUUAUCAAUGAAAAGUUCAAAAUAUAUGGAUGCUUAUUUAUUAAGUGAAAGUUCAUUAUUUGUAUUUCCACAUAAAUUAAUUUUAAAAACUUGUGGUACAACAACUACACUUGCUUGUUUAGAUGAAUUAUUUAAAUUAAUUGGUAUGUCUUCAAAAUCAAUUUAUAAAAUUUUUUAUUCAAGAAGAUCUUUUAUGUUUCCAGAUAAACAAAUUCAUGUACAUAAAGAUUGGAAAAGUGAAGUUAAUUUAUUAGAUAAAUUUUUUAUUAAUGGUAAGUCAUAUGUUGUUGGGAAUUAUAAUUCGGAUGAUCAUUGGUAUUUAUACGUUGGUGGAGAAUUAAAUGAUGAUUCUAAUGAUCAAUCAUUUGAAAUUUUAAUGACUGAUUUGGAUUCAAAAUGUUCUGAAAAAUUUAUGAAUAAUCCAAAUCAUAUUGAUGGUCAUGAAACUGGUUUAAAAAUUUUAACAAAUUGUGGAUUAGAUUCAAUUUUUAGUAAAAUUUCUCAUUUACUUUCACCAAGAAAUUCAGAUGAUGAAGAUGAAGAACCAAUUUCAACUUUUGUUCAUGAUGCUUUUGGAUUUAAUCCUUGUGGUUUUAGUUCAAAUUCAAUUGAUAAUAAUGGCUAUUAUUAUACUUUACAUGUCACUCCUGAAUCUGGUUGGAGUUAUGCAAGUUUUGAAUCUAAUGUUCCAUUACAAAAUUUAGAAAUUGUAAAAAAAGUUUUAGAUGUAUUUCAACCAUCAAGAUUCUCAAUUAAUUUAAUUCAAUCAAAUUCAGAACCAAUUUGUAAUUUAUUAUACAAGUCUGAAAGUUUUUUCAGAAAAUGGGGUUAUAAAAAAAAUGAAAAAGUAAAUUAUGAUUUGGUAAAUCAUGAUUUAUUUUAUUUGCAUUAUGAAAAAGUAUAA